GUCGAACGCGGAGGUACCACCCGGCGGUUCUCGUGGGCGGAGCCAGAAUGUGUGCAUGUUGCAUGCACACGUGUUCCCUCGCCAGAGUCCGUGUGGCGUCCCCCCUUUCCCAUGUAUCCCCCAUAGCCCCACGGUACCCAAUGGGUGCUUAGGCCUUAGGCCUUCGUGGUAGUUGGAGUAUUGAAAACGCUGUAGUUUUUUGUAAUAUUU